AUGGUUCUCAAGACAGUCCCAGCAAGUGCCCAUGAUGCAGAGGAGAUAGGAGCACUCAUGCUCUCCGUCUCCACCAGUCAGCGCCUUACGGUGGAGUUUGCAAAUUGCAAGAAACAGGAUCGCCAGGCAUGGACCGUGAACAGUAUUAGAUCUGAGUUGGCUGCUUGCGAAGCAUGUGGAGAAGACGCAACCGCGCUGAAAGUGGUCGAGACUCCGCCUGGAAAGAAGGAGGUUAUUGUUGGGUUUGCGAUCUGGGUGUGGUCCGAAAAGGCAUACACCAGCAUCGACUGCUCUCGGGCAGCCAAUCCACUGCCAGAAGGCAUCAAGCUUACCCUCCGUCAGACUUUUCGCUCAAAGAUGACGAAGAUGGAGAGAGAUCAUCGGCCAAAAGGACCUUGUUUCGUGCUUGAACAACUUGCUACUGCACCAUCCCAUCAACGACGUGGAAUUGGUGCAGGCUUGGUGCGGCAUGGUCUGGAGAAGGCGGACCAGCAGUGCAUGACCUGCUAUCUAAGUGGUGCCCCAUUAGGCGUCCCUCUAUACAGAAAAUUAGGAUUUGAAGAGGUGGGAAAAUUGGAAAUUCCUCUCAGCGAAUUUGGUGGAAGCGGAACGCACGUCCAUGGUAAGUCAGAUGGCUGGUCAACGACAGAUCUAGGACUGCGCUCUGAUGCCGUCACAGUCGCUAUGAUUAGGAAGCCCAAAAUGAAAACGCCAAAACUCCUUGACGCCAGGGUCCAAAUGGCUGUACACGCAGCACAUGCAGACGAUGCAGAGUGA